AUGUUCUUGGCUCAGAUUAAGUCUAGAAUCAAGCUUCUAGUAAAUGCAUUCAGCAUCAGAUGGAAGGUCAAGCGUUUUGGACAAUGCAAACUCCUUUUGGAUGGACUUCAUUACAACUACAAAUCAUCAAAGUAUUUGAGCCUUAAGCACCAGAUGGGAUCACAUCUUACACCAUCAAAGUCCACAAGACAAUUUCUGACACUCCAGCAAAUCAUAUUAUGUAGAGACCCUUGUUCACAUUUUACGAAGCAUGCUUUAUUUCUUACUAGGGGUAAGGCACGAUGCAACGUAAGUGAGAAGAUAUGUUGA